AGGAUGCCUGGAGCUCCCAGACCAGGCUCAGGGUGAAGUGCAGAUUCCUGGGUCUCCUACGUCAGACUCUCCAGGGCUGCGAUCCUGGAAUCUCUAUGAACAUUAACACUGCAGCUGGCCGCUGGGGAGGCUGCUGGGUCCUGGCUUUGGAAGGCAGAAGUAAGGGCUGUGUAUGCCAGCAGGGCUCGAGCCCCAGCCAGCUUCUCAGUUAUGCUGUGGAAACCUGCCCUGGACAGAUUAAUCUUGUGACAUUCAGGAGCGCUUCUCGUCCUGCCUUCUUCCCCUUGCCAAUUCCUGUAAAUGGCCAAGAUGAGUCCUCAGCAAGACAGGGCAGUGCUGGCGGUCUGUCCCGGCAGCCCUCCCCUGCUCUUCGCCGCCCCCCACGCCUCUCUGUGUGGGUUCACUUGCUCGCUCACAUUCGGCUGGCCUGUUCCCUCCAGCGGCAUCUGGGGUUCCAGGCGGGCAGCAGCUGCAGGCCGCCGACGGCCCGGGAUGGACUGGCCACACAACCUGCUUCUCCUUCUGGUCAUCUCCAUCUUUCUGGGGCUGGGCCAGCCUAGGAACCCCAAAGGCAAGAGGAAAGGGCCAGGACGGCCUGGGACCCUGGCUCCUGGGCCUCACCAGAUGCCACUUGACCUGGUGUCCCGGGUGAAGCCCUAUGCUCGUAUGGAGGAGUACGAGAGGAACCUUGGAGAGAUGGUGGCCCAGCUCAGAAACAGCUCGGAGCCAGCCAAGAGGAAGUGUGAGGUGGACCUGCAGCUGUGGCUGUCCAACAAGAGGAGCCUGUCUCCCUGGGGCUACAGCAUCAACCACGACCCCAGCCGCAUCCCCGCGGACCUGCCCGAGGCCCGUUGCCUGUGUCUGGGCUGCGUGAACCCCUUCACCAUGCAGGAGGACCGCAGCAUGGUGAGCGUGCCGGUGUUCAGCCAAGUGCCCGUGCGCCGGCGCCUCUGCCCGCCACCGCCGCGAACCGGGCCCUGUCGCCAGCGCGCGGUCAUGGAGACCAUAGCCGUAGGCUGCACCUGCAUCUUCUGAACCUUUGGCAUCAGAAGGCAGGCCGGCUGCUGAAGUCCGCCUCCCUGCACCCCGCGACUGCAAGGCUGAUGAAAAGUAAAUGCUGUCCUCUGUAAAGCAAGACUUUGGGUUUGCUGCUUGCGGCUCUGAAGCCCAAAGUGGGAUGGGGCUUGGCCAUCCCCGGAGGCUCAACUUCCGUUCAGUAUAAAGGAGGAUUUUCCGUCACUCUGACUCCUUUAACUCUGAGAUAGGCUAUUAAACACUUCAUUCAAGCUGGA